UCGUCGAAGUCGGCCAGGUCCCACAGGUCGACCAUGUCUCUACAAAAGACCGAGAUCAUCAUCAAUGUAUAUGAUCUCAUGCCACCCGGCAGAUUCGCUUCGCUACUAUGGACCGUAGGAUCGUCCCUCCUCCACUCCGGUGUCGUCAUCAACGGCAGAGAAUACGCAUACGGUGGGCACGACAAGCCUGGGGUGACAGGCGUGUACUGGACGAGGCCCAGGACCCUCCCGCCCGGCGCCACCUUCAAGCAAGAGAUAUUACAUGGCUUCACGCUGUCUCCACAGAACGAGAUCGAUGCGAUCAUCCACGACGUCUCGAACGAGUUCCAGGGCACGUCGUACAAUCUUUUGACAAAGAACUGCAACCACUUUACGGCGUACCUCUGCCAAAAAUUGACGGGCCGGAGUGGGCCUGGGUGGCUGAACAGGGCCGCAAGCAUCGGGGUGGCUCUCCCUUGUAUCGUGCCGAGGGAUUGGAUCGAGCCGCCAGAGUUCGACACGCAGGGCGGCGACCUGCUAGACGAGGAGAGCGAUUCGGAUGAGAGGUCCAGGAUGCUCCGGGAGUCUAGG